AUGAUCAGUUUUGUUACCAUUGUCUGGCUUCUCUUAGGAAUUGUCGCAGCCGAGGAUGGCUACCGGGCAUGGUUAAGGUAUGCGCCAGUCGCAUCAUCUGGGAAUUAUUCAUCACUACCAUCCUCAAUUGUUCUCUUGAAUGCCACAAGAAAUGGACCCGUAAGUACUGCCGGCCGAGAACUUCAACAAGGCAUCAGAGGUAUCUUGGGAAAACGAGUCGACAUCAACGAAACAGCAACGGGUUCUCCUGCCAUCAUAGUCGGCACGGCUGAAGCAUAUAAAUUGGUAUACGGUGAUUUUGAGGAAGAGGGAGAGCUUGAAGAGGAUGGAUACUAUCUGAGCACAGAGGGUCGCGAUAUUGUAAUCGUCGGGCAGAAUCAACGUGGUGCUCUGUACGGUGCAUUCGACUUCCUCCGACGUAUUGGGCAAGGCAACUUUGCUCCAACUUCUCAUGUGUCUAAUCCGCAUGCCCCUAUCCGCUGGUCAAAUGAAUGGGACAACUUAGAUGGAACCAUCGAGCGCGGCUAUGCUGGGACUUCAUUGUUCUUCCAAGACGGGCACAGGGCCACAAAUUUAUUUCGUCUUACCGACUAUGCUCGCCUGCUCGCUUCAGUCGGUAUCAAUGGUAUCGUCAUCAACAACGUAAACGCGAAUGCUAGUUUACUAAGCCCGGAAAAUAUCCAAGGCUUGGGCAGCAUUGCCAACACCUUCAGACCAUACGGCGUUAGACUUGGUAUUUCUCUCAACUUUGCGUCGCCACAAAUAAUAGGUGGCUUGAAUACUUUUGAUCCGCUUGACCCAAAAGUCAUCUCUUGGUGGUCAAACAUCACAGAUGCUCUAUAUGCAAGCGUUCCUGACCUAGCUGGAUACCUUGUGAAGGCCAAUAGUGAAGGUCAACCCGGUCCCCUGACAUACAAUCGCACACUCGCGGAUGGCGCCAAUCUGUUUGCCAAAGCUGUUAAACCCCAUGGUGGAAUUGUCAUGUUUCGAGCCUUUGUGUACGAUCACCACAUUAGUCCAGAUAAUUGGAAGAACGACCGAGCCAACGCCGCGGUUGACUUCUUCAAGCCACUCGAUGGGAAGUUUGAUGACAAUGUGGUUGUUCAGAUCAAGUAUGGCCCCAUCGAUUUUCAGGUGCGCGAACCGCCGUCGCCACUGUUCUCCACUUUGCGAAAAACGAAUGUCGCAAUCGAGCUUCAAAUCACUCAGGAAUAUCUCGGUCACCAAGAUCAUCUGGUUUACCUUGGUCCAUUGUGGAAAGAGAUUUUAGAGUACGACCUCCGCGCAGAUGACCGCCCAUCUAAAGUCAAGGACAUUGUUUCGAGCGAGAGAUUCGGACGCCCACUUGGAGGUUUUGCUGGCGUUGUAAACGUUGGCUCCGAGAACAACUGGCUAGGUAGUCACCUCGCCAUGUCUAAUCUCUAUGCAUACGGCAUGUUGGCCUGGAAUCCUAGCCUAGAACCUCAAGACAUACUCCAAGAUUGGAUUCGACUCACUUUUAGCUCCGACCCCAAAGUUAUCGACGUGAUAACAGAGAUGUCAAUGAAAUCGUGGCCUGUAUACGAGAACUACACAGGUAAUCUCGGUAUACAAACCUUGACCGAUAUUUUGUACACUCAUUACGGACCAAAUCCAGCAAGUCAGGAUAACAAUGGCUGGGGACAAUGGACGCGUGCAAACAAGCACACCAUUGGCAUGGAUCGCACAGUCAAGAAUGGAACGGGGAAUGCUGGGCAAUAUCCCCCACAAAUCGCUAGCCAGUUCGAGAACAUCGAAACAACGCCUGAUAACUUGCUCCUUUGGUUUCAUCAUGUGCCGUACACCCAAGUUCUCAAAUCUGGAAAGACUGUCAUACAACAUUUCUAUGACGCGCAUUACGAGGGUGCUGCUGUCGCCCAGACCUUUGUCAAGCUUUGGGAGUCAUUGAAAGGAAAAGUCGACAAGGAGCGAUACGAAGAAGUUCUUUUCAAGCAGGUCUAUCAAGCGGGCCACGCACUCGUGUGGAGGGACUCGAUCAACCAGUUCUACUACAAUCUUUCUGAGAUCCCGGAUCAGGCCAAGAGGGUUGGCAACCAUUCUUAUCGGAUCGAAGCUGAGAAAAUGAUCUUGAAUGGCUACAAGACGUAUGGAGUAAACCCCUUCCACACCGCAUCAGGCUACAACGCGAUCGUGACAACAUCGAACACUACCACCGGUACGGCAACGGCAAACAUUACCUUUGCGUCCGGUACCUACGAUCUUGCAGUGAAUUACUACGAUCUUUACGGAGGGAAGGCAGACUAUGAGGUCUCCAUCAAUAACCGCACCGUUGGAAAGUGGGCUGGCGAUCUAGAAGACAAGUUGGGGCACGCGCCCUCCAUCUAUCUGGAUGGUCAUACUGCUACGAGAAUCACUUUCAAAGGUGUAAACGUCACUAGAGGUGAUACAUUGAGGAUCUUGGGUAAACCUAAUGGCAUUGAGCCUGCACCACUUGACUACGUUUCCUUCCUGCCUCCGGGCAUAGUUGAUUAG